AUUCGGCACUUUAUUUCAUCUUGUCUCCGCUAUAAUUCCUCAAACAGCUCAAACUUUAAUAGAUUUCCGUAUCUUCUUCUUCCUCCCCUACUCUCCUGUUUGUUUGAUUGAAGACUCUUUAUAUAUAUAUGGAGUCUGGCGUUUUUGUUCCGGAUGAUAAUAUGAAUAUUCCUAUGAACUUUGAUUUUCUCUUCGGGAGCUGCUCACAGUCCACUCCACAGGUUAACUCAUAUGAUCAGGAGGCUCUUCAAAUGUUACCUGUUCUUGGUUUAAAACUUUCAAAAACACCAGAUUUCCUGGAAAAGCUACAGAAACUAACCCAACAACAAUUACAAAACUCCAAUGUCAGACAGCAACCAAAUUCUAACGUUGGUCGUGGUUCUAUCUCAGCUACACCAAAGUCAAAGGAUGUUUUCCUACAAACAAUUAAUAAGAUCAAAGCUGAAAACUUCCCAAUUUCUUUGCUUAAGAUUGGCUCAUGGCAGAGGGUAUCAAGAAAUGAAGGUGACUUGGUUGGAAAGUGCUAUUUUUCAAAAAAGAAGCUGGUUUGGGAAUUCUUGGAAAAUGGUUUGAAAAGCAAGAUCGAAAUUCAGUGGACUGAUAUCACCUCCAUGAAGGUUUCCAUGCCAGAAAAUCAACCUGCAGUUCUUGAAAUUGAGUUAAAUCAACCACCAACAUUUCAUCAUGAGAUUGACCCACAACCAAGGAAGCACACUCAAUGGAGACUUGUUCCAGACUUCACCGGCGGACAAGCUCUUACUUACAGGAGACACCGCCUUAGAUGUCCUCCAGGAUUACUUAACAAGCCCCUUGAGAAGCUUUUGAAUAGUGACAGUCGAUUGCUUCAAUUGAUUCAACAAGGUUUUCCAACAAAGUCACCAUACUUUAAAUACUCUUUAGACUUUGGUGGAAAAGGAUAUAUCAAUUUUGAACAUCAACAACAACAGAAGCAACCAUUUUCAUUCAUAUCCAAUAUGAAUGAUUCACAUUCACCUCUACCAGUUGUGCCAGUCUGGGAUCAAUGGAUGAGCAGUACUGAUCAAAUCUGCAAUCAAAUACAAAUGCCACUCUGGGGUCAAGAAGCUAUGAAUGAUCAACUUGCAGGACUUCAAACACUAAAUGAUCAUCAAAACAUGUCGUUGGUCGAUUUCGAUGAUGGGAUUGACAUGGUUUACAAAAAUGAGCAGAAUGUGAUUGAUAAUAAUGUUGUAGCUAUGAGCAACGAUUGCUCAAGCUGCACUGGUGGUGGUAGCUUCAGUUAUCCGCAAGCUAAUAAUUGGCUGUUACAGUUUCAAAGUCUUGAAGAGAACAUGAACAUGGUAAAUGGCAAUAACUUGUAUUUGUCUGCAAAUUCUGAGCCAACCAUGCGUUACUUUUCCAAUAGUCAAUGA